AUGUUACUGCUAGUGCUUCUUCUUCUUCUUCAGAACUCUUCGUUGCGCUCAACAAUCAUGGGCAAAAUAAAGAUCGGAUCAACGGAUUUAGAAGGAUUGGCCGACUGGUGGCUAGAGUUGCUUUACAGUGAUGAUGUUGAACUCGUUGCUACCUACAUGUUCAAAUAUGACAGUGUUCAUGGACAAUGGAAAAAGCAUGAGCUUAAGGUCCAGGAUUCUAAGACCCUUCUCUUUGGUGACAAACCUGUCACCGUCUUUGGUGUGAGGAACCCGGAGGAGAUUCCUUGCGGUGAGGCUGGAGCUGAUUAUGUCGUCGAGUCCACAGGAGUUUUUACUGAUAAGGACAGGCCGCUGCCCAUUUAA